AGGAGGGCGAAGCUGCACGUCUUGGCCGUUCCGAUAGUUGUGAUUUGUUCAGAUGAGGGGAUUGUUUUGUUGAAAGCUUUGGAAGUGAGGUGAGGCCGGCAGCCUUCAGUAAGCCAUACGAGUGACGGUGUUAGGCAGUGUAAGCCGAGUGUUGUGCUCAGCGCCGCAGGAGAGGCGAUGUUCCUAGUGGGGCAGGAGUGAGCGAGCAGUGGGUCGGUGGGCCACCUUCAGAUGCUCAGAUAACAGCGGCUCCAGCAUGGCGGGGCCCACGAACGCCCUCAUGUGGGCGGUUGUGGGCGUGUGGGCGGCCUGUACAGCUGGGGCAUGGGCGGAUUACUCUGAUAUCAUGGCGGUGGAGCACCCGGGCCCAAGGCGCUGCGAGCCUAUCCGGAUCGUGGCGUGCCAAGACCUGGGCUACAACCUGACCUCCAUGCCCAACUUGGUGGGCAUUGAGCUGCAGAAGGACGCUGAGUACCGCCUCAACUCCUUCAAGCCGCUCAUCCAGUACGGGUGCUCGUCGCAGCUCAAGCUCUUCCUGUGCUCCAUCUACGCGCCCUUGUGCACGCCCCAGGUGCCCACGCCCAUCGGGCCCUGUCGGGACCUGUGUGAGACUGUGAGGAACCGGUGCGCGCCCGUGCUCUCCGAGCUCGGGUACCCGUGGCCGCACUUCCUGAACUGCUCCAAGUUCCCGGCCCACAACAACGAGGAGCACAUGUGCAUGGAGGGGCCGGGGGAGAAGAUGCCGCCCCACUCGCCUCCGACGACCUCCCCGCGCCCCAAGCCUCCCCCGCGAUGUAGCCAGUACGCCCACGCACACAAGUACCGCUACAUCAACGCGACGGGCACGUGCGCGCCCCUGUGCCAGGCCAACAUCUCGUUCAACAGCAGCGACAAGUCCUUUGCGGGCGUGUGGAUGGCCAUCUGGGCCGUCGUGUGCUUCGCCGUCACCCUGUUCACCGUCCUGUCCUUCCUGCUGGACGCCGCCGCCUUCAGAUACCCCGAGCGGGCGGCCGUCCAUCUGGCCCUGUGCUACAACCUGGUGGCCGUCGGGUACCUGGUGCGGCUGGUGGCAGGAGCGGGUCGGGUUACGUGUCACGCGGACCCGGAGUUGGGGGUCGGAGUGGCGGUGACGGAGGGAGGACUCCACACCACGUGCGCUCUCGUCUUCCUGCUCCUCUACUACUUCAGCACCGCCGCCUCCGUCUGGUAA